AUGUCCUUACUAUCAAUCCCCACCGAACUCCGUCUCCAUAUAUACACCUACCUCCCAGACCUCCAACCCACCAACACUCAUGAACUCCGCCCCAACACCAAACUCACCCCCUCCAUAACACGCGUCUGCCAAACCCUCCGCCACGAAUCUCUCCCCAUCUACGCCUCCAACACAACAUUCAACCUCCCCCUCGACGCCAACUCCACCACCACCGGCCUCCAAACCUGGCUCUCCGCCCUAGGCCCCAGAUCCAUCCCCAAGAUUCGCUCCCUAACCAUCUCCCGCCACUGGAGCAUCCCGCAACCCCUUCGAUGGCAGGGCCACGUAGGCUUCUACGUGCGAAUCGAACGACGGAAACCCCGAAAAUUCACCUCCAAAUCCUCCGUCAACUCAACAUCCUCCUUCCGGCCCGAAUGGAACGCGCACUUCGUCCGUCCCCUCGCGGAGGGAAUUUGGGAAGUCACGACAGGAACCUACCCGGUAGCUCGCGAUAUCCGCGGGAUGCGGCUGGAGUCCGUUGAGCUUCUCGCGGAGGUUAUAAGGCAGCAUUUGCAUGUUCCGACGCCGUUGGCUCAGAUGCGGGAACAGUCUUCGGGGAACGAAUACAAUGUAGGCCUCACCGAAUCGGACGUCAACUUUCUUGUACAAGCGAUGGAUGCGGUGGCGAGGCAUCCGAUUUCGACGUAUGAUAUUGAUCAGGCCGAGAGUGCGAGACGGCGACGGCUUGAGACGUGGACGGAUAUGGAGCAGCAACUGAGGGCGUUGAAUGUGCAGGGUAUGGUUGGCGGCGGUGGUGACGAUGACCAAGUAAUGAGUGCUGAUGACUUUGGAUCAAGACGGUUUUUCACGCCGUACUGA